AUGCUCAAGCGCUGCGGCCGGCGCCUGCUGCUGGCGCUGGCCGGCGCGCUGCUCGCCUGCCUGCUGGUGCUCACGGCCGACCCGCCGCCGCCCCCGGUGCGGGCCGAGCGGGGCAGGCGCGCGCUGCGCAGCCUGGCGAGCCCCGCGGGGGCGGCCCCGGCGGCGGCGGCGGCGGCUGCGGAGGCUCCGGGCGCGCUGGCCCGCGAGGUGCACAGUCUGUCCGCGUACUUCAGUCUGCUGGCCCGCGCGCGCAGGGACGCGGGACCCCCGCCCGGGCGCGCCCCUCGCCCGGUGGACGGCGCCCCGCGCGCCCCCGCCGAGCCGCUGGCGCCCCGCGACGUCUUUAUAGCUGUGAAGACUACCAGAAAAUUCCACCGCGCGCGCCUCGACCUGCUGCUCGAGACUUGGAUCUCGCGCCACAAGGAGUCGGCGUUCAUUUUCACCGACGGGGAGGACGAAGUACUGGCCAGGCACACGGGCAACGUGAUCAACACCAACUGCUCGGCCGCCCACAGCCGCCAGGCUCUGUCCUGCAAGAUGGCCGUGGAAUACGACCACUUCAUCGCGUCGGGCCGGAAGUGGUUCUGUCACGUGGAUGACGACAACUACGUGAACCUGCGGGCCCUGCUGCGGCUGCUGGCCAGCUACCCGCACACCCAGGACGUGUACAUCGGCAAGCCCAGCCUGGACCGGCCCAUCCAGGCCACCGAGCGGAUGAGCGAGGAGCAGGUGCGCCCUGUCCACUUCUGGUUCGCCACCGGCGGAGCAGGCUUCUGCAUCAGCCGUGGGCUGGCCCUGAAGAUGAGCCCCUGGGCCAGCGGGGGCCACUUCAUGCACACAGCGGAGCGGAUCCGGCUGCCCGACGACUGCACCAUUGGCUACAUCGUGGAGGCCCUGCUGGGCGUGCCCCUCACCCGCAGCCGCCUGUUCCACUCCCACCUGGAGAACCUGCAGCAGGUGCCUGCCUCCGAGCUACAUGAGCAGGUGACCCUGAGCUACGGCAUGUUUGAAAACAAGCGGAACGCCGUCCACGUGAAGGGGCCUUUCUCCGUGGAGGCCGACCCAUCCAGGUUCCGCUCCAUCCACUGCCACCUGUACCCGGACACGCCCUGGUGUCCCUCCGCCGCCGUCUUCUAGCCCGUCCCCAGGCGCCCCUGCGGAGGCUGUGCCUGUGUGUGCCGUGUGCCUGCCCGUGUGCAGACUGCUGGGCAGCUCUGCACCGUGAGGAGUGGCUAAAGGCGCCCUGGUCCGCGGCCAGCCCUGCACGGCAGGGGAGGGGGGAGAGGGGAGGUGUGGGUGCAGUGCCUGCCGCACCCCUACAGCCCUGAGCUGUGAUGAGUGCGGGUGAUGCUGGUUCGAGGGUGAGGGGCCACAGCCCCUGUCCUGGGCACUGUGGCCCCCCCAGCAGCCGCCGUCCGGAGGUAGGGGCUAGCUCCCUGCUGGUGCCCCCGGGCGGGGUCUGCCCAGCCCCUCGAGGUCUGCUUUGUCUCCCCCUGAGCGGGGGGGUCAGAGCUGAGAAUCCGCUCUCCGAGGCGAGAGAGUGUCGCCCACAGUGGGCGUAUCUGUACAUAUGGUCGCAGUAUUUUUUACUGCGCUGGGUUUGGAAAGUGGGGGAGAAAGGUGGGGUGUUCGGGGGGCUUGUUCUUUGGGGGGUGGGUCUUAUUUUGUCUUUUCUGUGGAUCAGAAAAAGCAGAAGCCAAACUUGGGGUCCCUGUUGUUUCCGAAGCGGCCGUGGGAUGAGAAGGCUGCCCCCCCAUGUGUAUGGUCCCAGCAUCUGGGACCUGGUGGCCGCCCCUCCUCCCAGCGCAGCUGGGCUCACCUGUCCUGGGGGCGGGCUGGUAUCUCUCUCUCUCUCUCUCUCCCCCUCUCCCUCCUUCUCCCUCUCUCACUCUGUCUCCCUCCCUCUCUGCAAAGACGUAGCCAGAAAGCAGACGCCAGGGGAAUCGUGCUCAGGGAAUGGAAGUGUUGUUGCUAUGGUGACGUCAUUUGCUGUGAAUAAAGGUGCUGUGUGCCGC